GUUGAAAUUUCAAGGCAAUCGCGUGCCAUCCUGCGGAUUGCAGAGCCGUCUGCAAUGGCCAAUUGGGGCAGUUGUAAAGUCUAAAGCUUUAUAUCCGCGGCACGCAUAUACUUCAUACUGUAUUUACAAGCACAUACGCCUUGCACACUUACUAGCCGAGCCAAAUUUCGGCGAGGUUGACCGUCCAGUUUGUUGCACAGCAAGCAAUGGAAAUGCGGGCGCUACCAUGGCCAAAGGACCGCUGUCGCGUGUGUGCUUUACUGCCCGCCUAGCUAAAGAGUGCACCUUGUUCAGAGGGCUGUGCAAGCUGCGCGGGCGGAAUGGAAGCUUUACCGGAGGGCGUCAUGGUGCUGCGGCUCAACACCGCAGCUCGCCAAGUGAUGCAAGAGGUGCUAAAGGUCGUCAAGGAGAGUCGCGUAGUGAUUAAUGAGCUCAUACAGACGACGGGUGAGUGCGCCGACUCGCACACCAACGGCGAGCUAGAAACCACCACCGCCCCUUUGGCGGAGCACUACAAGCGUGCCAUGAAAUACAACACGGCGGGGCGGGCGAUGUACAUGCACAACAAGGCGCUCAUCGAGGUGCUGGGCCACGAGCUUACACACCGGCUGUACGGGUCAAUGCAGCCGCUGGCGCAGGACGUGCUUGUCAACUAUCCACUGCUUUACGUGUCCGACAACCCCAAGAGCAGCUCGGACGUGCUGGUGGGCUCACGGGGCAGCUGGUCGCCGCUGCACCAGGACCUGCCUCUGUACUGCACGAGUGCCAUCCUGGUGCUGGAGGGCUUCAAGGAGUUCGUGGUGGUGCCGGACGAGGUGGUGCCCAGCCUGCGCAUCAACAUCACUUCGGGGCUGUGGGAGCAUCCCAUCAAGCACGACGGCCACGUCUACCAGAACCUGCAGGAACUUGUGCACGCCACCGGCGGCGCCGUGCUGCCGCUGCGUGCGGGCGACAUGAUGAUCAUGCCGCCACGCGUCUUCCACCUGGCGCGCAACCGGGCGGCCACCGUCAGCUGCAAUUUCAGCGUCUGCACCAUGGAGAGCGUGCCGCUCACGGUGGCGCAGACCCUCGCGCGCAUCGAACAGAGCCCUCGGGACGUGAUGCACUUCGACAUGGACUUUGCACGGCUACUGGCUGACUGUACAAAAAUGCUGUUGCAGCAGCCGCAGGUGAAACCGAGCACCAUCCACAACAAAACCAGCCGCAAGCAGCUGCCGCCCGUGCAGUCCAUAUUGGACAACAGCGUGCGGCUCAUGGAGUGGUACAUGACGCUGCAGUGCAUCCCCAACGGCUGGGUGGAGGGCUUCUGGGGCCCAGUGCGCACCCGCCUGCUGGAGCAGCUGCAGGCAGCGCUGCCGCUGCAUGUGACUCCCAGCAACGAGCUGCCCGCCGCGGGCCCCAGCCGGGCGGCUGCGCCCGCCAGCGGCAAGAUGACGGCGAUGGCCGGCGCUGGUGGCGGCGGCAGCACGGCCGCGGUGCCGCGGCCCCUGAGCACGGCAGCACGGCUCGGCAUGGACACACGGGCGGGUGAUGGCGGAGCAGCGGAUGCGCCGGUGCAGCCCCGCAAACGCAAGGCCGUUGCCGCUGGGUAGCAGACAGCCUGUGAAUUCGGAGCUGCCUGCGGGACGCAUGCAGAGGACACACGACCGGACAGGAUUGCAGUGAGAUGCCUGAUAGUUUCCAAUCCUGCAAGGUGCAAGUCACGAGGCAGCAUAUGCCUUUGCCAUUCGCAUGGAUUCUGGGCGUGACCUUCCUUCUUCAGGCGACUUCUUUCUGUUGAUGUUUACUGUUUUCACCGGUCCUACAUACAGGACAGCCUUGCGUAUGAUUGUGAUUAGGUUGAACAGUUGAAAUGAACGGAGAUGUGCAACGUGAAGAAUGUGAGGAUGUGGACAAAUAUUGCUCUAUCUGUACCUAAGCUUCCUGCCAGGAGGUAUUGGACUUGGGGCUGCUAAUGGUGCCGACGUGUACCGAGAUUACCAGCCAGUGGUGAGCCUGUUGAUGUGGCGCAAGCCUCAUGUGCUGCGUUACAUGUGCAUGCGUGUGCCCCGGGGACGAUGUGCUAUUCAGGAUGUACGUGGUGGCAGGACACACCGUCAAUAGGUGGGGCAACCGGGUACACGGUGCCAGAGCGCAGAUUGCGCUUGCCGUUGUUGGAUUGGAUUCAGUGGUGAAGUGCCGGAAAGUUUUGUCAGGACUAUAAAGCUUAGGUGCGUCGUGGACACUGAUGCUCGGCCAUCGCAUUCGGUGCUGGCUUUGCAUUCCAACCCAGGCUUGUCUGUUGCGUGCAUGAUGUUUGCGCAUUAUUGCACUUACACAGCUGCCGUUGCGCCGUCCGGAGUGUUGGCAAGGCGCCUAGGGUGUGCAUCACUGCACCACAAAGGGAUUUGCCCCCAGGUCAUGUUCGCUUGUGCGUGUUGCGUUUUUUCCAGUCGCUUAUGAGGCUUUGCGCAGUAUGACUUCUGUACGUCGUAAAUGUGCUACAAAGA